AUGGCACCUACCACAGACAGGUUUAGCUCGUUGCCUCAUUCUUUGCUUUCCACCAUUGUUUCUUUGAUACCGUUCAAAGAAGCUGUAAGAACCUCAAUUCUCUCUAAAAGUUGGAUAGACAUUUUCAAGUCUGUAUCCAACUUAGAAUUUGAUGAAGUAUCUUUUGUGAAAGAUGGUCAAACUCAUCAAAUCAAACAUGUCCAAAGAAAGGCUUUUCUUGAGUAUGUGAUUCUUUGGAUUGCCAAUCACACAGGAACUGUCGUGAAUAAGUUCUCUUUGCGAUUAUCAAUGCCUGAAAAAGCUAAGAAAGUCGUGAAAAAAUGUAUUGCUUUCGCCAUAAAACACAAGGUGAAAGAGUUGGAGCUAAACUUUUGUGAUCCAACAUUGGAUUGUUAUUUUACUACUAAUCAUAUUAAUCAUGAGGCCUUGUUUGAAUUGCCAGAAUUUUUUUAUGGCUACACUUGCCUUGAAACUUUGAACUUGUCUUCGUGCAACUUUGUUAAGGCUGAGUUGCUUCACUUUCAUGCACUCAAAGAAAUUUCUUUGGGUUGGAUGGAAGUUAAACUUACUACUAUUGAGACUCUGUUGUCAAAUUGCAAGGGGCUUGAGAGUUUAAGUCUUAAGAGGUGUUGGAAUUCAAAUGAAUUUGAUUUACGGGAGGAAAACCCAAGGUUGAGAAAGUUGGUGGUGAACAGAUGCAUGUUUGGAUCUAAUAGUCGUUAUUUCAUAGUCAAUGCUCCAAACUUAAGACAUUUCUAUUAUUCUGGGCUGAAUAAUGACUUUUUGAUCAUAGACGUACGUUCCCUUAUGAUGGAAAAGUCAGUUCUUGACUUUUGCAUUGAGUUUGAAGGACAUGCUCUUUUUCUCUACAAACUGGUGGAAGAUAUCUCGGGUGUUAGUGCUUUAACUGUGAGUAGUUACUUUCUUCAGGUUGUUCCCACCGGAGGCUGCUUUCUCCGAAUGCCACGUAAUUUGAAUGUGAGCAGUUUGACAUUGAAGACCUCUUUGGAUCAAAAUGAGUAUUUAGGAAUCACAUAUUUACUUAAUAGAUGUCCUGAGUUAGAGCGUCUCACUAUCGAAUUGGGUGUUGCUAAAAAAUAUUUGGAUUAUGAGUUACCAGAAACCUUUACUUUUGAGAACUUUUGGACCAUUCACGCAAGGGCAUAUGAUUGCAUGGUAUAUACUCUUAAAGAGGUGGAGAUUAAAGGAUUUAAAGGAUCGGUGAAUGAGAUUCGGGUGCUCACUUAUUUCAUCACUAUUGGGAGAGUCUUGAGAAAGAUGACUAUCAAAAUAUUGAAGGAUGAUGUUGCCAAUCAAGAUGAAAGUUUGGAUUCUAACUGUCAUGACAUGAUAGAAAGGUUAAUAUCUCAAAGGGCUUCAAGAGAUUUAAAGAUUUUAAUUUGUUAG